UUGAGCACCGAAAAUGCGCAAGCGCCCCAACCAGACUCCGAGUUAUUGAUUUGUUUUCAUUUCAAAUUACAAAAUAUGGAUGAGAUUAAGCCAAUUUGCCUCCCAUUCCGGACAAAUUUGGAAAUUGGUCCAGCCAGACGUCACGAUGACAUCUUAAGGUUAGUUACCGACCGAGCGCACAAGUCCGGAACGCACCAAAUUUAAACACAAAUCGGUUCGGUAUUAAUUGUUGUAAAUUUCUCUAUCAAAAAAUUGGAAAAACUCAUCGUUUUGCGAACUGGAACAAUUCCAAAACACCUCCACCACUUGGCUUUUGACAGCUAUCAGCUGACGUUUGACAUUUUUUGUGUUAGUUUAGUUAUUGUUUGUGUAAUCUGUUCUUUAUAAUUUACCCAAUGUUGCCGGAACAGAAAGACUUAAUUUACAAACACUUCCCUCAACUUGUGCAACAAUGCGAUUUAGAACAGAUUGUGGAAAUUAUGAUCAAGAAGGGCAAUCUCAAUCAGGACUUUUUGGAUAAACUACCGCUGGAGUCAGACAAGGCCCACAAUAACCGCCAAAUUUUGUUCAAAUUAUUAGGUCUGGAAGAGGUGAACACUUUUUCAGGCCUUGUCGACGGUUUAAGGAAGACGGGAUGCGCCCGCUUGGCCAAUAUUUUGGAGAACAAAUUAGAGACAAUCAUUGAGAGUAACAUUUUGCAUCCCCUGGACGUAAACAUCGAUGUAAAAUUUUCGACGCAGUUUUACGACACUGAAAGGUACAACCGGACUGGUUUUUACUCAACUAGGUCUAAAAAUCGCGGUUACGUCCUCAUAAUCAACAACAUAAAUUUUGCCCAAAGCUAUGACGAAAGGCACGGGGCGGAGGCCGACGAACGCAACCUGCGCCAAUUAUUCGAAAAAAUGGGGCUGACCGUGUUUUGCUACAGGGACCUGAACGCUUACGACAUGUAUUUUAAGACACGAGAGUUCUCCGAGAAACUGCCUGUUACUCAACCCGACAUUGGUAUCGUCAUUAUAAUGAGCCACGGCUUAGUCAUCAACAACGAAACCAUGAUAGUGAGCAGCGACAACAAAUACCUGGCUGAAGAAAGCUUCAAAAAAAUUUUCAACAACGAAAACUGCGCCCUUUUCAGGAGGAAGCCCAAGAUUUUUAUUUACCACAUUUGCAGAAACGUUCUCAGGGAAUCAGUGACUAAACAGACCUUCACCGAUGCCAUUUUGGGCAAUUCGCUCAGGACGUACAGCGACAUGCUCAUCUGCCACCCUUCAGUAAAGGGUUUUUCCGCUUAUAGAAACAGUAUUAAAGGCUCGUGGUACAUUCAGUUAUUAUGUAAAGUUUUUAUGGAACACGCCCAUGACAUGGAUAUUGAAUCUUUGCUCAGGAAAGUUGAUGAGGAGUUAGAAGUUGUCUCUUCCAUGCCUUGGGUAACAGAGAAUCCAAAUGAGGGGACUCAACAAACGUCCACUUUUCAAAACAUUGCGUUCAAAAAAUGCUAUCUUCAUCCAGGGUUGUACGAAGAGGACGGAAAAAUGAUGAAAUUUCCGCAAAAUCAGUGACGCUUAUUGAGGUGCUAACAUAGCCUGUAAGGUGCAAUAAUAAAUAACAUUCCUAUUUUUUAUUCGUGCAAUGUGUAAUAAGGUUACGCAAUAAAGCAAAUGUUUAA